AUGCCAAGCGCCGUGCGGCAGCGCUUCUCCUCGCAGCUGCCGCCGCAGCGGAGCGGCGUCUCCGGGCGCAGCCCCAGCCUCAGCGUCGCCAGCUCCGACGCCGAGGCCCUCGGGCCGAGCGAGUCGCUUGGCCAGCGGGUGCGGCGCCAGGCGCGGCAGCUGUCCUUCAGGGCGGCUCAGCGUCGAGGGUCCCGGGCCUCCCGGCAACAGGCUCCACGGGAGCAGUCCUCGCCAGGCGGCGCGGCAGUGGAGGUGCUGCGGCGGGGCCUGCUGCGGUCGCUGCCCCUCACGCUCUUCGUCUCCUUUGUCGUGGUGCCCUCCACCUCGGAGCGGAUCCUCUCGUCGUUCAACUGCGUCGAGUUCCGCACUGCGGACGCGCCGGCCGAGGCGCGCGCCUACCUCGCCGACGACCUCUCCCUCGACUGCAGCAGCGCCGAGUACGCGGAGGUGCGCACCUGGGCGUACGCAUUCCUCGCCGUGUGGCCGGUGGGCGUCCCCGUCUUGUACGUGCUCCUGCUCCUCGCCGCGAAGCGCGCCAUUCGCGACAACCGCUCGACCGCGCUCUCGCGCGCGAGCAGCUUCCUCUGGUCAGAGUACGAGCAGCGCAGCUUUUGGUGGGAGCCGCUCGACCUGCUACGGCGGCUGACCAUCACCGGCUUUGUGCUCAUCGGCACGCAGGGCUCGCCGCAGCUGCGCGUGCUCAUCGCGCUGCUCGUCACCAUCCUCUUCAUCACGAUGCAGUUCCUCCUCUCGCCGUUCAGGCGGCCGCUCGACGACCGCAUGAUGAUGCUCGGGCACGUCUGCCUGCUCGUGAUCCUGAUCGCUGCCCUGGUCAUCAACGUGUGCAACCUCUCGGCCGACACGUGCGAGACCUUUGGGAUGGGGAGCACGAGCUACCUGCCUGCGCUGGUGUUUGUGAUCUUUGGCACCGUGAUGCUCGUCGCCGGCGUGCUUCUCCUCGUCUGGGCGGCCGGGCGGUACGCGUCGGCGCUGCCCACGCUGCGGCUCGUGGAGAAUGGGCUCGAGCCGCCGCUCACCAUCGCGCAGGCCAACAAGUGGCAUCUGUUCGUGAGCCACGUUUGGGCGACGGGGCAGGACCAGGCGGCCAACAUCAAGCGCGCGCUGCAGGUGACCCUGCCUGGCUCGCGCAUCUUCCUCGACGUCGAUGAUCUCGAGGACAUCGGCGCGCUCGAGUCGGAGAUCGGCCAGAGCGCGCUAGUGCUCAUGUUCCUGUCCAAGGGCUACUUUACCAGCCGCAACUGCCUGCGCGAGAUCCGGUGCGCCGUGCAGCGGCGCAAGCCGAUCGUGCUCGUGCGCGAGGCCAAUGAGGCGAAGGGCGGCCUCACCCUCGAGGACUCGUGGCACGAGUGCCCCGAGGAGCUGCGGGAGGGGGUCUUUGACGGCCGGCACGCCAUCGACUGGCACCGCAUCGCUGACUUCCAAAAGAUGAGCCUCAAGCUGAUUGCGGAGCAGCUGCUGCUCGCCUCCCCGCAGUACGCCUCCACACACAAUGCGCUGCCGCUCUACUUUCCCGGCGAGAUGUCGGUUGACAUGCUCAGCUUCGACCAGCCCGUCUGCCUGCGGUUCAGCUUGCACAACGCGGGCGCGGGCUCGGUCAUCGAGGAGCUCGCAUCGCGCUUCCGCCACUCGCUCUCGGUGGCCCCCUGUUCGGAGGCGCCGCUCUCCGAGAGCGGCUCUGAGUCAGGCGCGGCUUCCAGCCUCACGAGUGCGACACCGCGGCGGGAGGUCUUCAUGCUCUACCUUCGGAGCGGCACAUUCGUCGGCGACGAGGCGCACGGGCUCGCGGCCGACCUGCGAAGCGCCCGCGCGGCGUGCAUGCACGUCCUCGCCAUCCACGAGAAUGACCCGGCCCAGGGCGGGUGCGCCUUCUCCCACUUCCUCACAACCACCCCCGAGGACCUGGUGGAGGGCGGGCUCUACACGAGCCUCGCCGUCGCACUCCACGCCGCACCGCACCGCGAGAUUAGCAUCGCGCUCGCCGCAAAGGCUCUCGGCGCGAGUAAGCGGAAGGGAGUGCGGCUCGCCGCCGCGGGCCGACUCAGUGCCGCUGCCGCAAAGACGGCGUCGAUGCUGGCCUCCUCGAUGCGGGCGUCGAGGGAGCAGGGCUCGGUGCGGGGUUCCACCUCGGCAAGCCGUUCUAGCGUGCGCCGCAGCUCGCGCGCCUCCGACGGCGAGCAGGAGGCCGAGGACACAGCGCCGGGUGGAUCCCUGCUGCACCUUGCGCUCGCGGCGCGGCACUCGGCCACCAGGGUAGUAUCGCGUGGCCGCGCCGAGCCGGGAUCCGCGGCAGCAGCAGCCCACGGCGUCCAUGCCAUGGAGGAGGGAGUGCGGACGACGAAGUUUAGAGCGCGACUAAGGUAA